AUGGCUUCAGCAACAACGAUCACCACCACAACAACGACGAUUAAUAAGCCAGCUUCUCAAUCCACGCCCAGACGAGUUUGUUUCUCCUUCGCAGCCUAUGCCAAGAACGUGAUCGAUCACCUCAAGAAAUGCAAAAUUCCUAUCUCCGAUGGUCUCACCGACGAAGAAUUCUCAUCGAUCGAGACCACCUUCCGCUUCACUUUCCCUCCCGAUCUCCGUUCUAUCCUUCGCGAAGGACUUCCAGUGGGUCCCGGUUUCCCCAACUGGCGAUCAGAUUCGCCUCAGCAGUUACAGAUUCUCAUGAAUCUCCCCCUCAUGGGACUCCAACAAGAAAUUAUCAAAAACAAAUUUUGGUGUCCUUCUUGGGGAGAUGAACCUCCAAACCCUAAGGAAGCCUUAAUUAUGGCCAAACGUCUCAUGAAGAAAGCUCCUCUUCUCGUUCCCAUUUAUAGACAAUACUACAUUCCUUCACACCCCAAUCUUGCCGGAAAUCCGGUCUUUUUCGUGCAACGUAUAGAAUUCUAUUACUCAGGUUGCGACGUUGCCGGUUUUUUCCAAAACGUUGAAUUCCGUCGGAAAAGCACAGUUCCGAGACUAUUUGACUUGUCAGAAUCGUCUACGACGAUGGAAGCUCCGGCAUGGGCGGCGAAAGCCGCUAGGAGGAUCGAAUUCUGGUCUGACUUGGUGGAGAGUGGCGGCGGCGGCGGUGGCGGUGGCGGUGGCGGUGGGAGUAGUAGGAAGAAGAGAGAGGCGGCGAAGUUGAAUAGUUUUUUGGGAGAGAUGAGCCGGAAACUCAAGGAAGGUGGAUGGCGGGUGGAAGAGGUGAAAGAGAUGAUGAUGAUGACAAAUGAUUCAAUGGACGGUCAGGAUGAUGAGAAUAGAAGUCAAUUGGUGUUGGCAAAUCCAGCGAAUCUAACGAAGCACAUGCGUUUAUUGUCGCUAACGUUGCUUCGAGCCGGUUGGACCAUUGAUGACGUGUCCUACUCUCUUGGCUUGCCUCCAGACGACCGGUUCUCCUCCUCUUCUUCUGUUUCUCCUCCUGAUGCUCAAAUCUCAACCGUCAACAACAAUGUGAUCAGACGGAGAAGAAGAACUACAGAAUCUACACACAAACACAGUGUACAAUGA